AUGAUCUAUGAUGUGUCUUUGGGAUAUGGUAAUGCUAAUGUGUGGAAGAUCUUCACAGAUUUGUUUGACUUUUUCCCACUUACAGCAUUGGUUGAAUCGGAGAUCUUUUGUCUCCAUGGUGGACUGUCCCCUUCCAUUGAAACUCUUGAUAACAUACGUAAUUUUGAUCGUGUCCAAGAAGUUCCUCAUGAAGGGCCAAUGUGCGAUCUUCUUUGGUCUGACCCUGAUGAUCGUUGUGGUUGGGGUAUCUCACCUAGGGGUGCUGGAUAUACUUUUGGCCAAGACAUAUCUGAGCAAUUUAACCAGACCAAUAACUUAAAGCUUAUUGCUAGAGCACACCAGUUGGUGAUGGAGGGAUUUAACUGGGGUCAUGAGCAAAAGGUUGUUACUAUAUUUAGUGCACCGAAUUAUUGUUAUCGCUGUGGAAACAUGGCUUCCAUUCUGGAAGUAGAUGACUGCAAAGGCCACACUUUCAUUCAGUUUGAGCCAGCUCCCCGGAGGGGAGAGCCAGACGUUACCCGAAGAACACCAGAUUACUUCCUAUGA